AUGUCUACGAUACCAUUUGAAAAAGAAUAUGAUUAUUUAUUCAAGAUUCUAAUUAUCGGGGACAGUGGGGUUGGUAAAACGGCCGUACUUCAACGAUUUGCCAAUGAUUAUUAUUCAACAGAUUAUGUGGCUACAAUUGGUGUUGAUUUCCAAAUUCGAACAAUUGAUAUUGACUCAAAAGAUGUCAAACUUCAAGUGUGGGAUACAGCUGGACAAGAUCGUUUCAAAUGUGUUGUUAGUAGUUUUUAUCGUGGUGCACAUGGUGUGAUUGUCUGUUUUGAUAUUACCGAUCUCGAAAGUUUUCGUAAUGUCGAGGAAUGGAUCAGUGAAAUACAACGCUAUUGUUCAACAAAUCCACCCAUCUAUCUGGUUGGAACAAAAUCUGAUUUACAAACAAAACGAACGAUUUCGUAUCAACAAGCCACACAGUACGCACAGUCAAAAGGCAUUCAAUAUAUUGAAACAAGUUCAAAAACGAAUGAUAAUAUACAAGAGACAUUUUUUCGUUUUUCAAGAACACUCAUUGAACAUUCUGAUAAAGUACUAACCACAGGUAAUCCAAACGGCACAUUAAAACCACUGGGUGGAUUGCAAGCUACACGACGGGUUCAACCAUCAGGUACAUCCUGUUUCAAUGGAAAUUCAUGUUCAUUAGUAUAA